GACAAACAUUACGCCCCCUGUGUACUUGAAUUUAAACUUCCGCGUUCAGAAACGGAACGAUAAUAAUAUAAUAGUUCAGUAUAUAAUACUAUUGGAAAAUAUACAUGUUUCGGAACGAAAAUGGAGGUAUCGGGAAAGGUAACUUCAACAUCAAAGACGAACUUUAACCUGUACUGUAUUCCGUGUGAUACAGAUGGAUUAAAUGAGCCGGCUCACGCAUUUUGUCAGGACUGCCAAGAACAUCUUUGCAAAAGUUGCUUUCAACAUCAUAGAAGGUCAAGGCCAUCUAGAAACCACGUACUGCUUGAAAAAGAUGCCAUGCCAACACAACAAACGAGCGUUGACGACAUCAAUUCAGACGUCACUAAUGACAACUGUACCAACCACAGGGAUAAACCACUGGAGUUCUUUUGUAACAAUCACAAAACUGUAGCAUGUUAUGUCUGUGUCACGCUUGAACACAAACAAUGUAAAGUAGAUUAUAUUCCUGAAGUGUCAGGAAAUGUAUCUGACGAGUUGAUGGAUUUGAACAAAAAGAUAGAAGUUUUGGUCAAGAAAAGUGAAUAUAACAUAAUUAAGGCUGCAGCUGCUACAAAACAACUAGAAAAAAGUCAUGGAAAAGUCAUUGAAGACAUACAGCUGUUUAGGAAGGAAAUAAACGACCGUUUAGAUCAGAUGGAAUCAAUCAUUAUUAAAGAAGCUGAAACUGUUAUUAACACAGCAAAAUAUAAACUCAAGAAUAUCAAGGAUGCUUACGAAAAAAUAGCCGAGGAAGUGAAACGUUCACAGUCAUUUCUAAAUGACCUGAAUAAAACAAACAAGCAGAAUAAGCUUUUUAUUGAAAUGAAGAACAUCACACCUCGUAUCAUGACACUGGAAAAUGAAGAAAUACAGGUUGUCAAAGAUAAUAUGACAUAUGACGACAUUCAGUUUGACCGGAACGAAAAUAUACUUAAUCAAUUGAAAAGUGAGAACAAUUUUGGAAAAAUUUUAACAUUCGGAAAACCAUCAGCAGAUACUGAAUUAUGUGUUACAUAUGAAAGAUCCAUCAACGUGAAAUUUCCCACUGACGUAGAACGAAGUGAUGUGACUGGGACUGUAAUGAUUUCUGUCACACAAAUGAUCGUCGCUGAUUUUAAUAAUGAGAAAAUUAAAAUGAUUAAAAUUGAUACAGGAACGCUGGUAUCAGAGAAAACGCUGUCUUCAGGUCCAAUAGAUGUGAUAAAACUUCCGCAAAAUAAACUUGCUGUUGCAUUACUUGAUGAAAAUUGUAUCCAGAUAUUGACUUAUACAGAUACGAGUUUGUCUUUAAAUCGUCGUAUAGAUGUCGGAGAAAUGUGUUAUUGUGUAGGUUAUUGUCAGGGUAAUCUAGUUGUAGGCUGUCUCUCUAUUCAUGGAAAGCUAGUUAUUCUAGAUUUAGACGGAAAAAUCAAACAAGUGUUUGAUACUCCUCGAUUGUUUGAUGGACCUGAAAAGAUUUUUAUCAGCAGUGAUGAAAAGUCUUUGUUUGUAUCUGAUUACAUUAGUAAAGAACAUAGCAAGUGUAUAAAGAUAGACUUGCAAGGUAAUGUUGUUCAAAGAUUCCACGAUCAAGGAUGUAAAUGGCCUAAAGGAAUACAGGAGAUGGAAGAUGGUACGUUGUUAGUUUGCUUCUAUAAAAGCCACAAAAUUGUCAGAUUGUCGAGCAGCUUCAAGACAUGUGAGAUCAAAGGAUUAGAGGAAAUAAACAUUAAUUAUCCACAGACUGUAACAUACAGUAAAAUAAAUCACAAAUUAUAUGUCAGUUGUUCGUCUGAGCAGCGGUGUGGUUUAAAUGAUACAAUAAAAGUGUUCAAUGUGAGAUAGAUUAUUGGUAUGUUUUGAAUGUGAAUAUGUAAUGUUAUAUGACACAUUGAAUGUGAUCAUUCAAUGAUAGACACAGUAAACUACCAAUAAUCAUAGUAAAAACAGAAUAUAUAGUAAAUACAAAAACACAUCUUGUAAUCAAAGUGAAUGAAAUAUAGAUAUUCAGAUUAAGAUUUUAUUAGAAAAAAUAUAUAAUGAAAGUAGAUAGAAUUUUUCAUAAAUAAUGAUCACCAUUUAUAAACCAUGUUAAGGAGCAGCCUUUUAUUCAGACAUUCCAAUUACUUAUUUACUUGCCGUCUCCAAUUUGAAUUUAAUUGAUACUUCUGCUCUUAAGACGUGUAGGGAUACCUAUAUGCCUUGUUUUGUUUGUAAAUAAAAUAUUAUAAAGCUGACUCAUACUUAAAUAUAAUAAACAAA